AUGGUGAGUGAGUGGUCAAAGGAAUCAUCAACGCGCACAACUAUCAUGAGCGAUCUUCAGCACGGCAGAGCGGGAGUAGCAUUAGACAAACGGUCCCAUAGCACAGACAACCUUGCGGGUAGUGGUACGAGAGAGGUUGGUACGUUGGCGAGCCGUCGGUUCCCGAGCGCUCCGAACCUAGUGGACCAUGAGUCAGAGAUGGCCUUUGUGAUACAUCGCUGUAACAGCAGCAGUAAUAGCAGCAGCAGCAGCAGCAAGCGCAUUCCACCGUUCAACUAUUACGACUGCAUCAAUCCAACAUCCGCCCCAUCAACAACGCCCCCUACGGGUCCGAUAGAGUAUGGGGAGUAUCAGGCGACACCGCCGACCAAAUCCCGAUCCGUCCAGAUGAGUUUCUUGGAUGAUCUCGUACCGCAGAAAGGGCGUCGGUUGCGGAAGCACUUUAACGAGUUAGAACCGUUCGAUGGUCAGUGUCGGUUCUGGACCGAUUCCCCGCUAGAACGAAUACAUCCGGAGCAGGGUUGCAUACCUAUCCUGAAGGCCGUUUACUUUUCGCGCAAUAACAAUGAUCUAGACAAAGAGAACGCCCACUUUAAGCUGGCCGAAGCGCUUAUUUCGACCUUUGAGUUGCUCAAGUGGAAAAGCUUUUUGAAUCGCACACCGAGCAGUCUGUCGAAUCUUGAUUGGGAGAUGCCUAGCGAAGGAAGUGUUACAGUUCCGGCCGCUAGCGGCAGUACACGGAAAGGUACACUUACGGCAAACCAAUCUGAUACGGAUCCGUUAGAUGAAAGCUGCGAGGCGAUAGAGGCAAAGGAAAGCAUCUACGACGAGCGAACGUACUCGGCGGAAGAGAUAGCGAUAAGUCUGCUGGGGAAAUUUCAAGAUAAGCAGCUUCCAUCGGCGUGUGAUUUUCUUUGGCUGGUGUCGGAACAGGACGCACCACAGAAGCUGCUGCCGGUGCCGAGCGGAGGCGUAAUAGAUCCAGAUGAAUCGUCACAUCACCCACACGACACGGGUACGCUUAUACGUGGUACGCAAGAGUGGGCUCCACCCCGGCCACAGGUCAUAUUCACCUACCAACCACCACCGCUAGAACGUCGCGCACAAAUCAUUCGGCAAAGUAACCGAUGUGAGGGGUGUGGCAUUAAGGUAAAUCCGACAUAUUUGAGCCGCUAUCGAUAUUGCCACUACACAGGGAAAUAUAACUGCUCCGGCUGUCACAAAAACCAGAUGGCCAUUAUACCGGCACGCGUCAUACAGCGGUGGGACUUUACCGUGCUUCCCGUUAGCGUAUUUGCGUACCGGGUGUUGGGUGAUAUCUGGAGCACACCUCUGUAUCGUGUAAAUCAUCUCUAUCCCGAACUGUACAGUAACGUGAAGAGUCUACGCAUGGUACGGCAGGCUCGCGCAAACGUAAAGUACGCCAAGGACUUCAUCAUGAACUGCCGCCAUUCGAACAGCUCACGCCGUGUCUUCCAGGAAGUGCCUGAAUACUAUAUCUCCGACUUUGACAUGUGGUCGAUGGCGGACUUUCUCGCUGUUAAGAGUGGCGCACUAUUGCGACUGCUCCACUCGAUUGUGGCGCGCUGCGAACGUCACAUUUUAACGUGCGAGCUUUGUCUCGGGCGUGGCUUUGUGUGUGAAAAGUGCAUCGGCACUACGCGGAAGGAGCUGUGCGAGCUGUUUCCUUGGCAGCCACGCGUGAUUCGGUGUGAAGAGUGCGGUGCCUGCUACCAUGAGGCUUGCUGGCGGAAAGACAAAAGCUGCGAACGAUGCAACCGGAUACUGCGACGACGGACAGAAGCACGAGCAGAACAAACGGAAAAAUGCUAG